AUGGUGCUACUGGAUGGUACCCAAUGUUUCCCUAUCACCGAAACCAUCGUAGGUGCUCUGGUGCCAAAGUACUGGGAAUUUUCCAGCGUACUGGGAAGCUCUGCAAUCUUCAAAGAUAGGCAAAUCGUACACGCAACAGGAAUAUCGAAAACCAAUACAUUGGUUGCAGCAAACUCUCCGUUUGAUGUUUCUUCGCAAAAAGCCUCCCCAGCCCGUUCCAAUCAACGCACGAGCUAUCGGACUACACAAUGUGCCAUGGAGAAAUGUUGCGACACGUGCGUAUGCGGCAGUACGGCGGGCAAGUACGGUCUCGCCUGGCAGCCAGAAAAUGUGCAACCACCAAAUGUGCAGAGCCGGCGUGUGCUACAACAACGCACCGUCAGCGAUCGGUUUUCAUGGCGAUUGACGCAAUGGCUUGUAGAUACUGAUCGCUACCUAGCGUACGAACCACCUUACUUCAGUGGCAUGAACCUGCCCUGGCAAGCAAAUUGCGACAAAUGGAAUGCUCUCUGA